GGAUUUUGUUCAACUGAGCAUGCGCGACUGUGACAGCGUUGGGCAAGAAAGGACUUCGAUGAUGAUUUGUACGAUUGUAGCUUAAACCGUUCAUAUUUGUUAAAUGUGUAAUUGUGAUUUAAUUAGCAUAUAGAGUAUUUUUAGACACACAGGAUUUGAGCAUCCCCAAUGCUUCGGCAAGCUAGAAAUCUUUUAUCCUUUAGUAGGAUUAAGGGCCAGUAUGCAUGGAGACCAAAGAGCAGCUCUGCCCCGGAUCGAGCUCUGCAGUAUGUGGUAGGCCAGAAGAUCCAUGGUUUUACCAUACAAGAGGUAACUCCAGUGCCCGAUCUGUUCCUGACGGCAGUUAAACUCAGUCAUGAUGUCACGGGAGCUCAGUUUCUACAUGCAGCAAGAGAUGACUCCAAUAACCUCUUCAGUGUACAAUUUCGUACCACACCCAUGGACAGCACAGGAGUUCCCCACAUCCUAGAACACAUGGUUCUGUGUGGCUCUCAGCGUUUCCCGUGCAGAGAUCCAUUCUUUAAAAUGCUGAAUCGAUCUCUCUGCACCUUUAUGAACGCCUUCACAGCUAGUGAUUAUACAAUGUACCCAUUCUCCACUCAGAAUGCCAAGGAUUUCCAGAACCUUUUAUCCGUCUACCUUGAUGCCGUUUUCUUCCCCUGUUUGCGAGAGCUGGACUUUUGGCAGGAAGGCUGGCGUUUGGAGAACGAGCAUCCUACAGACCCAUCGUCUUCACUGAUGUUUAAAGGAGUGGUUUUUAAUGAGAUGAAAGGAGCUUUUUCGGAUAAUGAACAAGUGUAUGCACAGCACUUGCAGAAUAAGCUGUUACCUGAUCACACAUACUCUGUGGUGUCAGGAGGUGAACCUCUCGCCAUACCCGACCUCACAUGGGAACAACUGAAAUGCUUUCAUGCUACACACUACCAUCCCAGCAACGCAAGAUUUUUUACUUAUGGUGACAUGCCAUUGGAACAGCAUCUGAAGCAGAUUCAUGAGGAGGCUCUGUCCAAGUUUAAGAAAACAAAAAUAAACACUGCAGUACCAGCGCAAAGCCGAUGGGACCAGCCAAGGGAAGCUCAUGUGAACUGCAGUCCUAAUACAUUGGCUCCAGAUCCAGCUAAACAGAGCACACUGUGUGUCAGUUACCUGUUGUGUGACAUCACAGAUCCGUUUGAGGCUUUUACUCUCAGUUUUCUGUCUUCCCUGAUGAUCUCUGGCCCAAACUCUCCAUUUUACAAAACAUUGAUUGAACCCAAGAUUGGCACUGACUUCUCUUCUGUAGUUGGGUAUGAUGGCAGUACCAGGGAGGCCUCCUUUAGUAUUGGCUUGCAGGGCACAGCGGAAGAGGACACAGAGAAUAUUAAGCAGAUCAUUAGCCAAACCAUCGAUGAGGUCAUAGAGAAUGGCUUUGAAGAGGAGCGGAUUGAGGCAUUAUUACAUAAAAUUGAGAUUCAGAUGAAGCACCAGUCUACCAACUUUGGCCUGGCCCUUGCCUCUUAUAUCGCAUCUUGCUGGAAUCACGAAGGAGACCCAGUGCAAUUGCUGAAGAUCAGUGACACUGUCUCUAGGUUCAGACAGUGUCUGCAUGACAACCCUCACUACCUACAGGACAAAGUCCGGCACUAUUUUAAGGACAACACACACAGGUUGACAUUGUCCAUGAGUCCAGAUGAACAGUAUCUGGAGAAACGGAAAAAAGUGGAGCAUGAAAAACUCCAGCAGAAAGUACAAGAUCUCACUGAUGUUGACUACAAAGCUAUCUAUGAAAAAGGUUUACAGUUGCUCGCUGAGCAGAGCAAAACUCAGGACACUACCUGCUUACCUGCUCUAAAGGUGUCUGACAUUGAACCCACUAUACCACACACUUCUGUACAGAUGGGUACUGCAGGAGGAGUUCCCAUUCAGUACUGUGAGCAGCCCACUAAUGGCAUGGUGUAUUUCAGGGCUAUGUGUAACCUCAACACCUUGUCAGAGGACCUGAAGAUCUAUGUCCCCCUUUUCUGCAGUGUUAUCACUAAGUUGGGCUGUGGGAAACUGGACUAUCGGCAACAGGCCCAGCAGAUGGAGCUGAAGACCGGUGGCAUGUCUGUGACUCCGAAGGUCAUACCAGACACAUGUGACCUUGACAUGUAUGAACAGGGCAUUCUCCUUACUUCAUCCUGUCUUGAGAGGAACUUGCCUGAUAUGUUCCACCUUUGGAGUGACAUAUUUAACUGUCCUCAUUUUGAUGAUGAGGAGAGGCUGAAGGUGUUGCUGAUGUCAUCAGCUCAAGAGUUGUCCAAUGGGAUUUCAUAUUCAGGUCACGUUUAUGCAAUGACACGAGCAGGGCGCUCGCUCACACCUAGCGCUGAUCUGUACGAGACCUUCGCUGGUAUGGACCAGGUAAGCUUCAUGAAGAGAAUAGCAGAGAUGCCUGAUCUGACACCAGUUUUAAGGAAGCUACCCAGAAUAAAGAGACACAUUUUGAAUCCAGAUAAUAUGAGGUGUGCAGUUAACGCAACUCCUCAGAAAAUGACCGACGCCGCAGAUGAGCUGGAGAGGUUUGUGGGUGGUAUAUCCUCUAAGAAGAAGGAGCGGAAAUCUGUCAAAGCAGUUGUUGUUGAGAGACCAUUGGAUCCUCAGGCUCCUGCUCAGUCUGUUGCUAGUCGCUACCUUGUCUCUGAGGCUUAUUUUAAGCCAUGUCAGAUGAAGACUUAUUUCGAAUUUCCCUUUUCUGUGAACUUUGUCAGCGAGUGUGUGCGCACUGUCCCCAUGACACACGAGGAUUAUGCCAGUCUGUGUGUUUUAGGAAGGAUGAUGAGUGCUAAGUUUCUACAUGGAGAAAUCAGAGAGAAAGGUGGGGCCUAUGGAGGAGGAGCAAAAGUAGGAAGAGAUGGUCUGUUUGCCUUUUACUCGUAUAGAGACCCUAACUGUUCUCAGACACUGGAAGUGUUUCGCAGUUGUGUGGGUUGGGCUCAAGAUGGUAGGUUUACAGAGCAGGAUGUGGAUGAGGCCAAACUGUCCGUCUUCUCCGCUGUAGAUGCCCCAGUUGCUCCAUCAGACAAAGGUUUGGAGCUUUUUUUGAAUGGGAUCACUAAUGAAAUGAAACAGGCUCACAGAGAACGACUCUUUGCUGUCACACACAAAAACCUUAUUGAUGUGGCUAACCGGUAUCUUGGCACUGGGCAGAGGACACGUGGAUCUGCAGUUUUGGGUCCUGAAAAUGAGAGUAUUAAAAAGGACCCAUCCUGGGUUGUGAAGUAGGCACAACAAUUUUGUGCUUCAACAUCAACUAUGAUUACACAUACAUCAACAGUGAGAUGUGAAUUACUUGUAGUUUUUUUAUUCACAGAUAUUUUGCACAUUGUGACUAAAUUAUGUGCCCUACAUGUUACAUGUAAACGCUAAAGUAUUUAAUAGACGUGAUUUAUUAUUUGAUGUGACUCCUGAAAUGAUGUGUAACCUUGCUGUUAUCUGUCCUUAUGCAUCUUCCUACCCAAAUAAAGUGGCUUUAUUAAUAA